AUCAAGUAACUCCAUUUAAUCUUAAUGUUCCCAGAACUUCAUUAUGUAAACUCCAUCUACAAGUCAAUAAAAAAAUAAUAAUAAAGCAUUAAGAACAAAACAUGUAAAUACAAAAUAAACAUCUACUUAACAAAGAAGAAAAAGAAAACAAAAACACAAUCAAAAGCAAAAUAAAGCUCCUCCUCGCAUUCCCGGAUGACAGAGCUGACGGCAGGGAGGGGAAAAAGAAGAGGAAAAAAUAAUAGUUACACCAGAAGCCAAGGAGGAGGAGAGGCACUCAGUACGAAGGUUGUGCCGCUCGCGUUUACAUCGGACGCCCCCGCCAAGGCUGGUUUGAGGCCAUGAAGGAAAAACCUGCUGCCAUGGACUCCUCUCCGAACAUCACUUCGUUAAUUUCGGAUUUCAUAACCCAGUUAAAAACCUCAGGCAAGAGUCGAGAGGUUUUCGAACACGUGGGUCCGAACCACACCGAAGAGGAAAUGUUCUCUUACUUGUGGGGUCUUCAGGAGGCUCACCAGGCACUCACGCCAACCCUCGUAUCUGCGAGAAAAUCCGCAAAUAUCGCCGAGUCCUUUCUGGAGCGCGGGGAGGAGGAACUCGAUCGUGGAGAUCUGAAGGAGGCGCUGAAAUCCUGCAGUCUGACUAUUAUCUUUGCGCCCCAUCCUUCGCUGCAUGGUGGAAGGGACGUGGAUCUAGAGAACGGGAGAGAUCGAAACAAUAAUUUGGAUAUUGUAAACACAGACGAGCAAGAGGAAGACAGACUGAGAACGGAUCGGGACUUCGAACUCUUGGCACGUGGUUACGGAGGUCGAUCCGCGGCUCUGUUCGAGGCAGGACACUAUCGCAAAUGCAUCAUCGACAUCGACGCUGCCCUCAGCCACAGCGUUGACGAAUUACGUCGAGAAAUACUGUCCGAGAGGAGAGCCACAUGUCUCGCUAGAAUAAAGGCUGAAGAAGAAAAUGGGAAAAUACCUACAAACGACAAAUAUGCGAAACUUUUUGACACCCCGUAUUCCGAGAAGCCAGUGUUGCCAGAUCCUCAUCCAACCAUACCUGCGUUCAGCAAGGAUGUUAGAGUGGUUUUCACGCCCUCGCAGGGGAGAUAUCUGGUAGCUGAUAGAGACAUAGGUCCAGGUGAAACCGUGUGUGUCGAAAGGAAUUACUGCAGCGCUUUGUAUGCACAGAAUCUCCUCACACACUGCUGCGUCUGCUUGGCUCACUCCCUCACCCCUCUGCCUUGCCCCUUCUGCUCUGCUGUGAUAUUUUGCAGUGAAGCGUGUCGGGCAGAUGGCCUUGCUGGGUGUCACUGGCAAGAAUGCAAUAUCCUACCAACACUCGUCAACCUCGACAUGGGGGCAAACUCCUUCCUGGCUUAUAGGAUAAUAACGCACACCUCCUAUGCCACCCUGAAGAGCCUGCUGCUCGUGUUGAAAAGCGAGGAGAGAUCUAAACCCCCCGAGACGAUUGGCUUUGACGAAGAUGGUAUGUACAUAUCCUCAUCGUACCGGCCAGUAUAUCACUUGGUUACCAACAGGAAGGAACGGCCGCCAACAGACCUGCUGAGAAGAUGCAUUCAGGCUUUCGUCAUUACCAAGUUGCUGGUGCAGAGCGGACGGUAUUAUGUGAAUGAUUGCGGGGCAGCGUUUGAUCCAACACACGAAGAAGUUAUGUUGCUAGGUUCCGCGCUGGUUCACCAUAUGAUGAAUCUUAUUUGUAACGCUUACGCCAUCGGUGAGCUACAGAUGAACCUCACUGACUACAGGCAAUGCAAAAUGGAGCCACUGGGAGGAGGUGUCUUCGUCGCCUCGAGCCUUCUCAACCAUUCGUGCAACCCAUCCGUUGCAGCCUUCAGCCACGGGAGGACGCAAGUGCUCCGAACCGUCAGGCAUAUCCCCGCUGGUUGUCCACUUACCUACAACUACGGGAGUUUUUACUGCACGGAAGACGAAGACACCAGAAGAUCCGGUCUUCUCAAGCAGUACAGUUUUGCGUGCGGGUGCGAGGCGUGUAAGAACGGCUGGUAUGACUUGUUUCAUCUUUCUUCAGAACCUGUGAUCAAUUGCCCGAAAUGUUCCACAGCGCAAUCAGAGCAGUUGCGUCGUUCCUGUGAGUGCACGGCUGUCAAGAAACGAAUAGAACAGAUUGUGAACACUUUUGAUGUGAUGUAUCUUAAAAUCUUACACAAGAACGUAUCCUGCCAUGACGUGGACAUGCUGAUAGACGUGAUUAAGCUCAUGGAAAAGUGGGUACAACUGCCAUGCAAGGAUUAUUUUGAUGCUCAGGAGUUACUGAAAUUAUACUUCGACACAAAAGGUUCACACGUGUAUGUAUAAUGUGAAUUUGUCGUGAGAAAACUUUGCACCCAUUCCUACAAAUUUUAUUUUGAUAUAUGGUUUUUAUAUAUGAUUAAAAAAUCUGCCCCUGAAUUUUUAGUAGUUUAGUUUUCAGUCAUAAACAGACGCACAAAAAUAUGGUGAUAAGAUUAAAUGAUUGCACCUUUUAUAAAAUAAGCAAAUAAGUUCAUAUAUAUAAAAAUAGAAAAAUAAGAUAAUCAGUGAAACAUAUACAUGAACUCAAAUGUGGUGUGAUAACACUUUUAUCAUUAUAACGAAUAGCAUUACAAAUUUGUGCUGUAUAGGGUAAACUAAUAUCAUUAUAAUCUUUACUAUCAUUAGUCUCACUGUUAACUUAUAUAUC